AUGCACUUGCAACUAGACACGGACGGGACGGGUCCUGCACUACAAGUGGCGAACGUCCUCAAGUACUGUCCACAGUCACGUCUAAGUCGCUUGAGUCUGCAUCGUCAACGUGGACUCGUCAACGAAUUACAUGGGACUCAGACUCGCGGUCAAGGAAGUGCUUGUGGGACACUGCACGAAGCCCGGAUCCCACUGCACUGCUGCUCACCAGCACCUGCUCUAUAG